AUGAGUAGGGCACUUCUGCGCUCCGCCUUGGAGCUCCGGGCACCCUUCACCCGCCUCCCGCCGACCUUUCUCCUCCCGAUCCGCGCCCGCGCCUUCAACACCACAACGCCCAUCAUCGAGCCGACACAGGAUGCCAUUCCCUCCCAGGCCGCCACGACAAUAGCCCAGCAGGCCGCCAAGGCCGACCCUCUUGCCCUCUACCCCAAGCAGGCUCCCGCCACCCAGCCCGCCCCCAUUACCGACUCGGUCCGCCAGCUCCUCCCGCUUCUUGCCGCCCAGCCUUCGCACUACAUCACCUUCCACAUCCACGGCCGCCCCUACCUCGUGCAGCCCGGCGACGCCAUUCGCCUCCCCUUCCGCAUGCCGGGCGUCGUCCCCGGCGACGUCCUCCGCCUCGACUGCGCCUCCGUCAUCGGCAGCCGCGACUUCACCCUCAAGGGCAGCCCCUACAUUGACGAGCGCCUCUUCGAGUGUCGCGCCGUCGUCACAGGGUCGGAACUCGAGCCCGUCCGCAUCAAGAUCAAGAAGAAGCAGCGCACGAGGCGCGCCCAGCGCGUCAGGAGCCAGCACCGCUUCACGACGCUCGCCGUUAGCGAGCUGAGGAUCAAGGGGCUCGAGGAGAUUGAGGGCUGA